AUGAAGUCGUGGGUUCUGCUCACCGUCCUCGCCAUCCUGGCCUUGACCUCCGCACUCGACCUCGAUGGCAUCGCCGCAUACAUGCACUACGACAAGAGGCAAAAUGCCGUCGGUACUGGCGCUACUUCUGCGACUCCCACACCCUCCUCCGCCGCCGCCGCCACCAGCGCGACCCCAGUUCCAUCAAGCACACCGGCGGACACCCCAUCGGACACCCCAUCGGACACUCCAACGCCCUCGAGCGCAGCCGUGACGUCUGCCCCCGCUACGUCUGCAACCCCAGAGCCAUCUUCGGCCGCGUCGUCAGCUGCCUCAUCCGACGAUGGCUCGUCUACUCCCGCUGCUGGUGUAUCCACCAAGACCGCCUCUAGCACCGCCGCUCCAAAGACAACUAAGUCAUCCGCAACCCCAUCGGUCUAUACGUCUGCUCUCGUUCAAACAUCUGUCGAACAGUUCGUCACCGUCGUCACGACCGUUAGCGGCAGCUCCACCUUGGUCGAAACCCAAACCGCUAGUCGCACCGUCGCCAAAACCACCGGCUUUGCAACCUCUACUGCCGCUCCUAACAGCUCUGGCAACAGCAGUGGUAGCAGUGGCAUGAGCAGCAAAACCAAGAGCAUCAUCGGUGGCGUGGUCGGAGGCGUUGGUGGAGCCAUCGUGCUCGGCGGUCUUGCCCUCGUCGCCUGGCGCGUCUGGGGCCGCAAGAAGCGCUUCAGCGACGACGACAAUAACGACCUGAUGAUGGGCACUGGCUCUGCCGUCGGCGAGAAGCCCAACAGUGGUGCCGCCAACACUCCAUUCCAGACCAACCUCGAGCAGUAUCACAACCCUGGCGGACGCCCCAACGCCGCAGCCAACUUCUAA